UCGGCGGCGCACCAGGAUCCGUGGCUUUUAGUAGCCGGUGUCUUCGUCCGGACAGGAGUCUGGCCCUAUCCUCAAAACUGGCACCUAGGACGAAAGCUUCGUCGGCACGGAGCGGCCCAAUCUCUCCUGGAGUCUCAUUCCGUACAGCAACAUGGCUGCGUCCAUGGACUAGGGAAGCGAGGGUUUUCUUUGACUCUGUAAGGAUGUCUGUCAGGACCUGGUUUAGAUGAGUGCUGUUUCCAAUGCGAGAGUCUGGGAGGUAGCGUGUCCCUUUCUGACUGUAGAAGAUGCUGUUGAAUGUGGCGGAGCUCUACUGACCCUUUGGUAGAUCAGGAAGAGUUGGAAGGAUAAGUAGCGGCAGGGUGCUCCAAGUGCUGUGGAUUCUGCUCUCCCAGAGAGGAACUACAAGCAGGCAUUGCCAAUUCCCAGACAGUGGGAAGGCCUAGGGCGAAUGCUCAGAUUUCUGAAUCUCGGAGCUGUUGUGCCUCUAGCUAGAAUUGUAGUUUCGUUCCUAGCAGCCCUUUUGAGUUUCAAUCUUUCCUAGCCAACACUGUGUCUCCUCAGCUCAAGUCACGGUGGACUGGGAAACCAAAAUCACAGGUAUCACCUGAAUCCUCUCAUGAGUGUGAGCAGAUGUGUUACCAGCUGUUAUGUUUCAGACACUAUCAGCAGCAGUUCAUGCGAAUUAUCUCAUUUAGUUCUCCAAACUAAUGACAGUAGGACAUAAAAAAGACUUUGGUUGGGCAUUAUAGCGAACGCCUUUAAUUCCCGCACUCGGGAGGCAGAGGCAAGGGGAAUCUCUGAUUUCCAGGCCAGCCUGGUUUAUAUAGUGAGUUCCGGGACAGCCAGAGCAACAUAGUAGGACACUAUCUCAAAAGAACCCAGCCAAACACAAAGAUAACUUUUGAAGCUCAGUGAAAUCAAGUAACUUAACCUGGAGUGGUUCACGACGGAGGCAAAGACGGGCAGAUCCCUGUGCGUCUCUUGAAAAUAAGGCCAGCCUGUUCUACAUGCCAUCACUGGCUGUCAAACCCAGCAGCCCCACACUGAACUUCGCUCCCAGACCUAGUUCUGGGUUUUUUAGGAGAAUGUCUGUGGUUCACCAUUUGCCACCUGGGUGGCUACUGGAUCAUCUUUCUUUCAUUAACAAGGUCAACUAUCAAAUUCAGCAGCAUCGAGAGCCUUCCUGCAGUAGAAACCAUUCCACUUCUUCUGUCGACCUGGGUUCUCUUCAGAUGGAUGCCACAUCUCCUUCUGGAGCUCCUACUACAUGCUCUGCUCCUGACUCUACUGCUGUGCCAGCCAAUGAAAUCAUCACCCAAAACUAUGCUUUCCGACCUGAGCUAUUUAAUGUCACCAAACCUUACAUAAUUCACAAAGAAUGCCAGCAAAGUGGCCAGAAUGAGGAUUUAGUGACUGGUGCUAAGCAAGAUGUCUCCAUUUCUGUUGGGAAGAAGCGUAAAAGAAGUCUGGCUUUCAAUCAAGGUGAAUUGGAUGCCAUGGAACAUCAUACAAAGAUCAGAGAGCUGGUUUUGGGUGGAUCCUCGCAGUUAAUCCAAGAAGGUCUCAAAAGUGGUGUUCUCUGCCCCAUUGUUGAAACCCAGCAUGGAAAUAGUGGCCGCGUCCCAUUACCACUCGAUGCUUGCAACUUGUCAGAAUUAUGUGAAAUGGCAAAGCACUUGCCUUCCCUUGAAGACAUGCAUCUUCAGACGCUCCCGUUGGCAGAAGAUGAUAUGUCUGUUAUAGAGCUGGAUUUAUCAUCACAGGUCAUUGAAAACAACGCAAACUUUUCCAGAAUGAUUAAUUUAAUGGGUCAGAAGUACCUGCUACCACCAAACAGCAGCUUUCUCUUGUCUGACAUUUCUUGUAUGCAGCCACUUCUGAACUGUAGUAAGACGUUUGAUGUCAUUGUGAUUGAUCCACCAUGGCAGAAUAAAUCGGUUAAAAGAAGUAACAGGUACAGUUGUUUAUCACCGCAGCAGAUAAAGCACAUGCCUGUUCCUAAGCUGGCUGCUGCUGAUUGUCUUAUUGUUACUUGGGUGACCAACAGACAGAAGCACCUGUGUUUUGUGAAGGAGGAACUUUAUCCUUCGUGGUCUGUGGAAGUCAUUGCGGAAUGGUACUGGGUAAAAAUCACCCGUUCAGGGGAGUUCGUGUUCCCAUUGGAUUCUCCACACAAAAAACCUUAUGAGUGUCUUGUACUGGGGAGAUUUCGAGAAAAAACUGCUUUAGUGUUAAGGAGCCCGGAUGUGAAAGUGCCCCCAGUUCCAGAUCGGAAACUGAUUGUCAGUGUGCCCUGCCUUCUUCACUCACACAAGCCUCCCCUUGCUGAAGUACUGAAAGACUACAUCAAGCCAGGCGGGCAGUGUUUGGAACUGUUUGCUCGGAAUUUACAGCCAGGCUGGAUGAGUUGGGGCAACGAAGUCCUCAAGUUUCAGCACGUGGAUUAUUUCAUUGCUCUGGAGUCUGGACACUGACUUUAAAAUUGUGCUGCCUUUACCCAGCUCCUUCAGACUCAUGUCUCCUUGGACCAGCCAGUGCGUGCAGACAUAUCAAUUUUUAUACUAAUCAGUGUGCUUAGAAAUGCGCUUUCCAACAAAGGGCCAUCCUUUCUGUAAUUUUGAGAUGAAUUCUACUUCAGUUGCACUGAUAUCCCACACCAUCCUAGAUUCUCUACAAUUAAAGAGGUAAGCAAUUGGUAGAAAGACCUGCUUCUGCUGCUGAAUGAAUUCGGAAAGCAUGUACUGUGGACUCCAGGUCGUGGACUUGCCUAUGGAGAUUGUUUAUUUGGUGGUAUUAAAAAAUAAAUGGAAAGCUGGGUGGUGGUGGCGCACGCCUUUAAUCCCAGCACUCGGGAGGCAGAGGCAGGCAGAUCUCUGUGAGUUCGAGGCCAGCCUGGUCUACAAGAGCUAGUUCCAGGACAGGAACCAAAAGCUACGGAGAAACCCUGUCUCGAAAAAUCCAAAUAAAUAAAUAAAUAAAUAAAUAAAUAAAUGGAAGCCUUAUUCCAGAAAGAAUCAGAAAAUAUUACCGGAGUCCAGAUGUCUGCAUGUGUUUAAACAUCAGAAACCCCAGCUUCCUUGGAGCUGUGUCUUUGGGUGGCAUCAAUUUGCAGUACCCAGUGGUGGCAAUUUAACUGGGAAGGGCCAUGCGCUCUCCAGUCUCCCAGUGUGCAGCUUCUGCCAUGCUGCUUCUUUGUGUUAUUUCUGUGGCUCCUGUCUGGUCUGAAUUUGCAGCCUCUGCUAUAUCAGAAAAAGUGCUGGCUAGGUAGUUGGUGUAUGUAUGUGUUGAUCAAUUUGGGAAUGUUUCCAUUGCGUUUAGGGUCACUGUUUAAGCAUGUCUUUAUUUUGCCUUUUUCUAGAAGACAACUUAAAGAUGUUUCUUAUAGGAGUCAAGAGGUAAACACUGCUUAUAGUUGUGAAAAGCUGUUUAGACUGUAGAUUUUUACACAAAUA